UCGCAGUUGACGUGCCGUUAAUUAAAGAUACCUUGCUUCCCUUAAGAUAAGCGGCGAUAAGGUGCAUGCGGCUUUGGAUUCACUGAUAGAGAUAGGAUUGAUCGAUAGAGCAUUGAAGAAAUGGCAUCAAAAACAACAAAGAACGUGCAGAGUCCAAUUGCACUGAAUCAGCGCUCUACUGUAAUCCGGGAUGGAAUUCAACCGUUGGACUACUUCGGUCAUUGGGAUGGCUUGGGAAAGGCAAAAAUGGUCAACACUGGCUCGUCCGCGAUGAUUACCUUCAGCGAUCGUCCAUUCCGGCCGUUCAUCGUAGGAGGCGUCCUUGGCAACAAGUACAUUUUCGAACAGCUACACUUUCACUGGGGCAUAGGCGAUGGGUCCGGAUGUGAGCAUACGUUAGAGGGUAGUACCUACUCGAUGGAGGCACACGCCGUGCACUACAACGCUAAAUAUGGCAGCUUCGCGGAAGCGGUUGACAAGCCGGACGGUUUGGCCGUGCUGGGAUUCUUUGUGCAGGCGUACGGUAACGAUGACUGCCCAGCGUUUGAUAAGAUCGUCGCCGGUCUGCAGUACAUUCGCAGCCCGGAUGCGCAAACAGAAAUCGAUGCGGAUUGUCUCGCGUGGAUGGGAAUGCAGGAGCUUAACCGUCACUACUACACGUACAAGGGCUCGCUUACUACGCCGCCGUACUUUGAAAGCGUAACUUGGCUGGUGUAUAAAACGCCGAUUUACGUGUCCAGCAGGCAGCUGGAGGCAUUCCGGCAGCUGCAAGCUUGCCCCAAGGAUAGUAGCAAAAAGAUUGUGAACAACUUCCGGUCAGUGCAGGUGCCCCAGCAAGUGCCGGAGGUGGUUUUUGUGAGAAACAAUCAUCCCGUUGUGCUUUCGAAGCUGUAACAUCGCUGUUAGAAAUUUGUGUGUUGUUAAGAAUUGUGAGAAAAUAAAGAUGGUUUAAAAUUGUUAA